GGCAAUGCGAUACCUAGAACCCAUAGCGCUAGAGUCUCUAUAACCAGCUGGGGCAAACAUUUCGUUAGAGCAUUUGCAGACAAGUCGCGGAACGAAGCAAAGGUCUCGAGCGGAAAUCGAAAUUAGCUGAACGGAAAAGCGGAAAAGGACAGUACCCAUUUAGCAAUGAACAAGGAGUUUACCAUGCAGGGCGGCACGCCCAUAACCCCUGAACUGGCAACGGAUCUGCGCAAGCUGGUCUUUGGCACCGCUGCGAUACCCAUGCGUGCCGAGUGGCUGCAGACGUCCUUUGUCUUUGGUGCACCGCCCAAGGAGGAGCUGGCGUAUGGAUUGCGUUCACCCAGAAAUGCGACGCGUGGUCUCCUCUCGGUGGUGCAGGGUUUCAUUCUGAAGUACUUGCUGUUUGCCCGGAAAAACAGCCGUUCGACAGCCACAAAUGAUCCGUUGCUGGCCACCGCUGAAAUGCAGCGAGAUGCGCUUUUUAGCGCAUUAAUCGAGAUAUUGCGCACCAUAUCGGAUAAGGGCAAGGUAACCAUUGUGCUGCCCUCGGAGGAAGAGGUCUUUGUGGAUCACAGUGCCAGCUACUUUCACGAUACGGUGACCGAAAAGUUAUAUACGUUUACACUUUCGCCCAACGAUGAACUGGAACACUUUUUGAAGCGCAAUUUCAAAUAUUUUACAGAAGAGGAAACGCCGGGCACAUUGCUGUUCCUUUAUAGCGCUGUACUCACACGCUCGAUGGGAAAAGUGCGCACCGAUUUGGACUCGACAAAGUCAUCGCCGUUGACGAUGAGCAAUCACGAGGAGGGUUCCCUCAUGAUAGUCACCUUGCUGUUGACAGGCCGUGCCACGCCCUAUAUACACAAUGGCGUUAUCAAUGUGGGCGACGAGAAUAGCUAUGCAGUGGCACAGUACGGAGUACUGAAGCGUUGCAUGGUCGGCUUGCUGCUCUGGGACAUUGAAUCUACCAGCGCUGCUGUUAAUCAGUCCCGGCAACCUGGAUCGCGCCUAAAGACGCCCAACUAUCCCAUUUGGAUAACCAGCUGCACUGGCCACUAUGGCGUCAUCUUCAAUCGGAAUCCGGAUCUGUUGCGCAACUAUCAUGCGGAGUCGCGAUUCGAUGUCAACUAUUAUAGCUGUUCGGGCCAUCAGAUACUGAUGACCAUCGAUAAUCGCACAUACAAUGAGCAGGCAUUGGUCAUGUUGGAGCGACAACCAAUCACGCCGGAGAGCACCUCAGUGGCGGGCAAGCCUGCCAAGGAUGAGGCCGUUACGGCCGGAGGUGCUGCUGCCGGUGCUGGUGUGGCUGGCGCUGGCGGCGGUGUUGGUGGUGCUGCUAGUGGCGCUAGCUCUGGCAACGAUGUGGUCGCCAAGGAGGAGUCAAUGCUCAACACGCCAUUGCAGCGUUUGAUUCAUACCAAGUGGGAAGAGGCAACUAUAAGCUUUCACGUGCAGCCAUCGAUGUUGAGUUAUCUUUUUAGUACCACACAGUAGAACCAAAAAACAAAAACAAAAAAAAAAAGAAAGGCAGACGACAAACAUUAUUACAAAAAUGUAGCUAAAUUUUGUGUAGGCGAUCCUUAUGAUCCAAUCACAAGAUACUUUGACACUAAAAACUGAAAACUUUUGAUUAGGUCAUGAUCACAUUCACCAUUCACCAUUCAUAUAUAUCAUUGAAGCAUGUCAGCUUGUUAUGUUGUCUCUUGAUCUAUGAUAUAAAUCGACUUUCUUGGCGAAUGACCAAUACUACUCUCAACGAGUACAUAGAUGCCUGCGAUACCUCUUCACAUCCACAUCCAAGUAAGUUCAUUCAAUAGUAGUAGUCGAAAAUAGUCAUGUUAGCACAUAGUUUCACAUUUUCAAAUACUUACGAAUUGAAAUACUUAUCCUGGCUAUGAAAAACUAGCUAAUGCAUUUUAGAGCUAAUUUUACCUUUAACAAACUAAAUCUCUUUAAUUUUAUAUUAUGUGUGAUUCAAUAGCAAAAAAAUGGAGGAGAUUGGAUAAAGUUAUCUGUAGUUAAAUAAUAAUUAUUUCAAUCUAUUAAUUGUACUUAUCUUAAUCGAAUACUCUUGUUGUUAGCUGCCGAGACAAUUUUUUGAUAUAGGUUAGCUUAUUCCUAGUCUAAAAUCAAUUUUCUGCUAACUACUCAUCUAUAAGAUGAUAACUUAAGAACUAUUGAAUAGUAGCAUAGUAUAAAUAUUUAGUUAUAAUUAGUAUAACUAUAUAUUGCCGUGAUUUGUAAGCUUUAAAGUAGUUGAAACAAUUGCACAAUUCCCUUUAGAAGCAUAUUUUGCACUUAGUUCAAUGAGAUGAAUUCUACUGUUGCUGGUCUCAGAGCUCUGGUCCAAAAUGUAUGAAACGGGUAUCGAAAAAAGAUGAAUUCAAUUACAAUUCGAACAAACAGCGAUGGUAAAUACACGUAAAAUAUUUCGAGUAUGAUGAAAAAAAAAAAAAACAAACAACUACAACAACAACUGGCAGAUUUGUUGAAAACCGAAAUCGAAUUUUGACAAAUAUGUCUGUUACUGAGGCCUCUCUCUAUACAUAAAGUGCGACUGCAGGAACUCAAAGGUUGCCGCCUGGAGCCACUAGACGAAUACAGAAAACAACUGCGAAAUCAAAUGAAAACACACCAACACGCUUCGAAAAUUUCAAAUGCACCACUCAAUUAGUCAAACGCCAAACGUAUAAUGUCAACAGACUUAUAUUUAAAUAAAUGUU